CCCCCCCCCGUGGCAGUGGGCGAUGGGGCGUGUAGUCCGGCGCGUGGGUGGAUGGGGGAGAGAGCGCGGUCCGCCUCCUCCUCCUCCUGCCGGGCUGCUCCUGGGCGCAGAUCCGGGGCGGCGGCACCACUUUUAUCCAAGGAAUAAGAGAAAAUGUUAGGCUCCUGCCUGCUUUUUAACAGGAGUUGCCUGACGCGUGUUUUUGCAUGUGGCCAGCCUCUUCUAGGACGUGACUCUUUCAGACUCCGGACAAAUUUCUGUGCUCUCACAGAGCUGCCCGCCAGGUGGAUAUCGGCAACUUAUAGAAAAGUUGUCCCUGUCUUCACCAGAGCACCAGCUUUUGGAGAAAAGGUGGCCAUCAUUGACCAAAGAGGAGAACACACCUACAAAGAUUUGUACACUCGAAGUCUUUGCCUCUCCCAGAAAAUCUGCAAGGCCCUUGGAAACUCAGACGGCGACCUGAAGGGCGAACGGAUUUCCUUCUUGUGCCCCAACGAUGCUUCCUAUGUGGUGGCCCAGUGGGCUACCUGGAUGAGUGGAGGUAUUGCUGUGCCUCUGUACAGAAAGCAUCCUGUGUCGGAACUGGAGUACUUCAUCCAGGACUCCCAGAGUGCCCUGCUGCUUGCCGAGGAAGAGUUUGAGGAGAAAAUGACCCCCACUGCUGAGAAACUGGGGGUGCCUCUGCUCUUGCUUCCCCAGUCCGGGAAGUGGGAAGGGAGAAGGGAUGGAUCCGCUGGAGAUGCCAGUUGUCCCAUUUCCGAAUGGGAGACCAGAGGGGCCAUGAUCAUCUACACCAGUGGGACCACGGGAAGGCCCAAGGGGGUCCUAAGCACUCACCAGAAUGUCCAUGCCAUGAUAACCGGGCUGGUUGAGAAAUGGGCCUGGACAAACGAUGAUGUCAUUCUCCACGUUCUGCCCUUGCAUCAUGUCCAUGGGGUGGUCAACAAACUGUUGUGCCCCCUCUGGGUAGGGGCGACCUGUGUCAUGCUGCCCGAGUUUAGUCCAGAAGUGGUCUGGGAAGCCCUCCUGAGCCUCCAGGCCCCCCGGGUCAAUGUCUUCAUGGCAGUGCCAACCAUCUACAGCAAACUGAUCGCUUACUACGAGGAGCACUUCUCUCAGCCACGUGUCCAGGACUUCAUCCGUGCCAUCUGCCAGGACCACAUCCGGUUGAUGGUAUCGGGGUCCUCGGCCCUCCCGGUGCCGGUCCUAGAAAGGUGGAAGAGCCUUACGGGGCACGUCCUCUUGGAGAGAUAUGGGAUGACAGAGAUUGGGAUGGCCCUUUCCAACCCCCUGCACGGCCCUCGUGUUCCAGGAUCGGUUGGGACUCCGUUGCCCGGAGUUAAGGUGCGCAUCGCCACCGGAAGCUGGACCAAGGACGAUUCUGCCUUCUGCAUCCAUGCUGAAGGAGACGAGAUGGGCACAACGGUAAUUCAGUGGGCCUGGAGGGUCCAAGAGCGGAGAAGGAAAUGCCUUGAGGGCCAAUUGGGGCUUCCUUGCUGUUAGCCACGUUGUCCCCCUCUUGCUUCUGAGAGGGAAGAAGUGA